AUGGGGGUCUGCAAAGAUAAAGCAAUCAGCUUCAUCAACUAUGACUAAUUCAUGUUCAAGGGGGGUAAAGUUGAAGUUGUCAUGAUAUUCUACUUGCUUAUCAUCAUACCCUAGCAUAAUCCAAUAGUCAUCGAAGUCUUACUUAUCCCUUUAUAAAAGCUAGUUGUUAUCAAAGACCAGGUGUACUUUGUUGAACAUUCCACUAAGUAAAGCAAUAGCAGCAGCAGUAGCUGUAAUUCUUGA